AUGGCCUUCGGAAAGCUUUACGGUCAGCCUAACAACGGUCGCACCAUCGCUGCCCUCGUCGCGGCUAAGGCCAACGACGUUGAGCUCGAGUUGGUUGAGACUGAGGCUAACGCCAACGCCGAGUUCAACAAGUCUGCUGAGUACCUCAAGCUCAGCCCCCUCGGCAAGGUCCCUGCUUUCGAGGGUGCCAAUGGUUACACUCUCUCCGAGUCCAUUGCCAUUGCUGUCUACGUGACCUCCCAGAAUGAGAAGACCACCCUCUUGGGUAAGACCAAGCAGGACUACGCUUCCAUCCUCCGCUGGUUGUCCUUUGUCAACUUCGAGGUUCUCCCCCGCUUCGGCGCUUGGUACCGUCCCCUCUUGGGCUUGGACGGCUACAACAAGAAGAACGUUGAGGAAGCUUCCAAGGCUGCCCUGAACAACAUCUCCGUUUUGGAGAAGCACCUCACUGCCAACACCUUCCUCGUUGGCGAGCGUAUCACUCUGGCUGAUAUCUUCGCUGCCUCUGUCCUCACCCGUGCCUUCGCCACCGUUUUGGACAAGCAGUUCCGCUCUGAGAACCCUGCUGUCUCUCGUUGGUACCAGACCAUCGUCAACCAGCCCUACUUCAAGGCUGUUGUUGAGAACCCCGUUUUGGUUGACGAGGUCAUCAAGUACACCCCUCCCAAGAAGGAGGAGAAGCCCAAGAAGGAGGCUGCUCCUGCUGCUGCUGCCGAGCCCAAGCCUGAGGGUGAGCAGAAGAAGCCCAAGCACCCGCUUGAGGCUCUCGGCAAGCCCGAGUUUAUCCUUGAUGAGCUCAAGCGUACCUACUCCAACGAGGACACCCGUCCCGUUGCUCUCCCUUGGUUCUGGCAGAACUUGAAGAGCGACGAGUACUCCCUGUGGAAGGUGGACUACAAGUACAACGAAGAGCUCAAGCUCACCUUCAUGGCCAACAACCUGAUCGGUGGUUUCCACGCUCGUCUUGAGGCUUCCCGCAAGUACCUGUUCGGUGCCCAGUCUGUCUACGGUACCAACUACAACUGUAUCAUCCGCGGUGUCUUCCUGGUCCGUGGCCAGGAGUUCAAGCCCGCCUUCGAUGUCGCCCCCGACUGGGAGAGCUACGACUUCGAGAAGCUUGAUCCCUCCAAGGAGGAGGACCGCAAGUAUGUUGAUGACAUGUGGGCUUGGGAUGUUCCUGUCACCGUCGACGGCAAGGAGUACCCCUGGGCUGACGGCCACGUCUUCAAAUAA